AUAGUUUUCUGCCCGCUGUCACUCAUUCAGCCCGAGGUUCUCCAAGACACAAUAACCCGUGACAGAGUGAAAGAGUGUUUGCAUCAUGGACGUUCUUAUGUCCUCCGUGCUGCGGGACGAAGCACACCUACUGCCUGAGCCAGGGAUUCAGAUCUUCGAGCAGCCCAAGCAGAGAGGAAUGCGCUUCAGGUACAAGUGUGAGGGUCGCUCAGCCGGAAGCAUCCCGGGAGAGAAGAGCUCUGACAACAACAGGACGUACCCCAGCCUGCAGAUCCUGAAUUACUGCGGGAAGGGAAAGGUGCGCGUUUACCUGGUGACGAAGAACGAGCCGUACCGACCACAUCCGCACGACUUGGUGGGAAAGGACUGCAAAGAUGGAUUCUACGAGGCCGAGUUUGGCCCGGACCGCAGAGUGAUCGCUUUCCAGAAUUUGGGUAUCCAGUGUGUGAGGAGGAGAGAAGUGAAAGAGGCCAUCAUACAGAGGAUCACCAGAGGAAUCAACCCUUUCAAUGUGCCACGGGAGCAGCUGUUGCAGACAGAGGAGUACGACCUGAAUGUGGUUCGCCUGUGCAUUCAGGUUUUCCUGCAGGAUGAGAACGGCCACUACACCCGAGCGCUUAACCCCAUCGUCACCAACCCCAUCUACGACAACAGGGCCCCAAACACUGCAGAGCUGAGGAUCUGCCGGGUCAACAGAAAUAGCGGAAGUGUCAGAGGAGGAGACGAAAUCUUCCUACUGUGUGACAAAGUACAAAAAGAUGACAUUGAGGUGCGGUUCUUCUCCCCUGAUGGCUGGGAGGCCAAAGGCUCCUUUUCUCAGGCUGAUGUUCAUCGCCAAGUUGCCAUCGUGUUCAAGACUCCGCCCUACCACAACACGUCCAUAACGGACUCGGUGACCGUGCACAUGCAGCUACGCCGGCCCUCUGAUCAGGAAGUCAGUGAACCAAUGGAUUUCCGGUAUCUGCCUGAUGACAAAGAUCCUUAUGGAUACAAUGAGAAAAAGCGCAGAAGAGAGCACUUGAUGAAGAUAUCGGGAUUGUCAGGUGGUCCUUUUAGCGGUCUGACAAUGAAUAGGCCCAAGGCAGUACCACAGAGUACCAUGAGUCACCUGAAAAGAGACAUGGGCAAUGCAUACCCAAGACAACAACAGCAACCUUCUAUGUUCACCCAAGCCUAUCAACAGGCUCCUCAGAAUCUAAUGGCACCCAAUCUACAAUUAAGCCAUGCAUGGGCAAAUUCCAAUCCAACGCUCUCUAUGGACACAGUCACCAUAAACCCAGGUGCCAGCAAUCUGCCACGUCCUGUUAGCAGGCAACAGCCACCGAACCGCAGCUACCAACAUCGUGUGGACCACAACAGCUGUGAGAACAAUGCCCUCCCUCAGCUCUCCAUGCGGGACCUGCAGUGCUUGGAUACAGGUUCUCAAGCCCCUGUAAUGAGAGAACCAGAGCAGCUCUUCCACCAGCAGAAUCAAAGGGAGGAGCUCCGAUCAGAAACUCCAAACCAAGCUCAGAACCAUCUGGUCAGCCAGAACCAAGGUAUUCAGUGGUCCAAUUUUACUACCAUGGGUUCAGUUCCGAACCCCUUUAAUGGAUCUGGAGGUGGAGGGGGAUCACAGGGGGUAGGGUCGUUCCCUUUCUUAGAGGGAAUAGAAGAGAAUGAUUUUCUGAAGAACAUGGCGGGAGCACCUCAGCCGUGCUUCCAGUUGAAACAGGAGUCCCAGAUCUCAGUGGGACAAGAGAGCCAUACUCCCCUCAUGCAGUCCCCAAGUCAAGGAAAUACGUAUACUAACCUGCUGCCCCGUCCAAUGAGCAAUGGCACCAACAGAGAUCCAAUGCGGCCAGACGGUACUGCCAUCAAAAAUCUCCAUAGUCCUUACGUAAACAACGGCACGACUGCAGAAGCCCACUAUGCAACUUUGGAGGACUGGAUGAAUCAAAAUGACUGAAAGCUGCUCAAAUUCUUCUUUUUAAACAGUAGCAGCUCAAAGGAGAGCAGAAAUUUCUUUACUCACGCUGGCCCUGCUAUGCUCAGUAGGCCUUUGCUUGGGUUGUUACCUCAGUGGGACCAAAAUGAUUGACAGUCAGUCAGCCUUAGGCAAUGUUUCGCAGAGAUACAACUGGUUACUGAUCACUUGAUUGGUUAGCAAGAGUACUUCCUGAUUCUGAUUCUAACAACAUGGUACCUUGUGGUUGGUCUUUACUUCCAGUUAGUCAUCAACAUUAUCAGGUAAAUUUAGUUUCUUGAAAAACUGGAGACAAGCUAUUCCCAGUGCUUGUCCUAUUUAAAUUGGUGAUACAUUGUUUCAUAAUUCUGUACAGUGGGAUUCUGUAAAGUUCAGCCCCAACUUGUAACCUGUGAUUUGUUGUUGCUUGUCUAACAAGCCUUUUAUUUGUGGGGGUUCAGCUUUCAGCUGCUGGUGUUCACCAUACUAGUCAGUUGAAGUGAUUCAUCUGGUCUCUUUAGGGGGUAGGAUCUUUAAGUGGACGAUCCAUGUUUUUAAUGACUAUAAAAGAAAAAAACAGUAGCGUUGGCUUCCAAGCCAAAGUUAUGCCUUUGAGGAAGUGAAUGUACUACUUUCUUUCUUGAAUAUUUUUUUGUAAAGUUAGAAUUACUACCAAUAUACUGUAACAUAAAUGAUUUGUUUGAGGUUUCUUGGAUCUUGAGAAAACAAAGGAGUAAAUUUAUUGUUUUUGUAUGUCAUAAAGUGGAAUGGACAAAGUUUAACUUGGUAUUUUUAUUUUCUUGCAUGUAGUGAUGUGUUUUAUUCUUUGAUAUUUUUUUAGCGCGUAGUGUUUUAUUUUGUUGGGUUUUUGCAUGCUUUUGUUUUGUUAUGCGAUUUGUUCUGGGAGGAUGCCCAUUCCACCGCCCCUCCUGAUCAUUAACCUGGCACACCUGGGGUUGGCAACAGCUAUUUAAUAAGAGAGAGCGUGAGAGAGAGAAGGGGAGAGACAUGGUGUGGUAACCAGUGUGGGCGACGGCCGCGCAGAGCGGCACAGAGGCCCAAGGCGUGCGGCAAAGGAGAACGAGACCGAAGAUCGCGGAUGACCGCGCACUGGAGAGAGUGAUCGGGGCUGAGCAGAGAGGUCCGUGUUGGUGUUGACGGAAGGUAGUUCCUCGCCGAGAGGCCCACGGCAGGGGAUUGAGAGGCAGCGGGGUGGUGCCUUAUGUCCCCGGGACGCCGAGAUUAUGGCUACGCGUGUGAAGCACAACACUGUGGCAGCCGGAGUUAGGAGCUCUGCCCAUCCCCGGGCUAAGUCCCGAUCCAUCCCAUCUAAAACGAACCUCCAGUGGAAUCUAAAAAUGGUGACUGCCGCUGGCCCUCUCUCCUUUCUUAGUUGGCACCAGAAUGAAGAGGCAGACAGGACUGUUGGUUUCUGCACCGUUUGGACUUACCACCCGUGAAUCCACCUAUUACAUGUGUAAUGCUGGAAUAUAUUGCUUAUUGUUUUACUUUUGAUCUCUUUGUAAAAUUUUCAUACAUAUGAAUUAUAGUACAAUACUUUUUUGUUGAUUUUUGUUUUCUUUUUUUUAUUUGGUACCAAAGCAUUUACUGUUAAGUGCACUCUGUACAUACAUGUUAGCCAUAGUUGAGAGUUACAGCAAUACCAAUGCCGAAACACUCAAGAAAUGGCAAGGUACUGAAAUUUCCAUUGAGGAAGUGGGAGGAAACACAUUCAGCUGUGUCUUUCCUCUGUAAUGACUAUGUCAUACCAGAGAUUGCAUGUAUUCAGAGUUCUCAGAGCAUUUCUAACAGAUGUUUUAUAGAUAAAGAUGUCAGUUUUAUUGUUUUAUGUAUUCAGCCGAUGUUCUCUGAAACAUCACUGAAAGUAUCUUGUUAAAGCAUUGACGGCACAAAGCUGAUGUUAGACAAACUUUGUAGGCCUUCCAAAAGCUUUAUGGUCUAAAAUAUAAACGUAUAUUCUGAUGACUACUUUGUAAGAUUUGCUAUUUUUUAUUUGUUUUGAUUUUUUCUAUGAGAUCAAUUCUUAAUAAACAAAGUCGGUCAUUUCUAAAUA